AUGCUGACUCUUCUGAUCCACAGUGCUGCGGGCUCCUUUGCUCUGAGAAUAACAUAUGGGUAUAACGUUGAACCCCACAAGAAGGACUAUCUUGUGAAUCUAGCGGAGUUAGUGCUCGCUCAGUUUGGAGAAGCAAUCACCCCAGGGAAGUUUCUAGUAGACCUUCUUCCAGCACUAAAAUAUCUGCCUAGCUGGGUGCCGGGCAUGAGUUUCAAGAAACGUGCUCGAUACAACAAGGAGUGCAUGGCAAAGCUGGUGGACUACCCCUACGAGUUCACCAAGUGGCAGAUGAGGCACAGCAAUAACGAGCCUUCCGUUGUAUCGGCAUGUAUUCAAAAUGGGGAAGAUAACGAUGUGAUCAAAUGGUCAGCAGGAGCUAUCUAUGGCGCAGGAGUGGAUACGACCGUUUCUUUGCUUGAAGCAUUCUUUUUGGCAAUGAUGGCUCAUCCGGAUAUUCAACGCAAGGCGCAGGAUGAGCUUGACAGUGUUGUUGGCGAAGACAGGUUCCCGACAGUGACAGACCGGCCAAAUCUAUCCUAUAUCGACGCAAUAUUAAAAGAGACUAUGCGCUGGCACACAGUAGGGUUGGUUAUACCAAGAAAGUCUGAUGAAGAUGAGGUUAUCCACGGAUUUUUGGUGCCCAAGAGCGCAACAAUUGUAGUCAAUAUCUGGUAUGUGGCAAUGAAUAACGACCCGGAAUUCUAUCCCGAGCCAAACGAGUUUCGACCGGAGCGGUUUCUCCCAAGUGACGGGCAGGAGAAUAUCGCACCGAGCUCUGCGGAGAAUACCUUUGGAUUCGGACGUCGGGUCUGUCCGGGUAGAAUUACGGCGGAAACAUCCCUUUUCCUUGGAAUAUCCAAUGCUCUCUUCGCGUUCAACAUUGAAAAGCCCGUCAGAGAAGACGGAAGCGUGGUUGAGCCUGAGAUGAGCUUCACACCGGAUUUUAUCAGCCGUCCUGUUCCCUUUAAAUGUUCACUUACCCCACGCAGUGAGAAUCAUCGGGGGCUCAUCUUGAAUUUCGAGGAGCACCCAUUCCCUCCAAGCGAUGCCGAUGAGCUGGCUGUGGCUGUGAAGGCUGCAGCUGAGCUUGGGUAG